CCCUCCUUCCCCGGCUCUCCGUGUCACCAUCUGUGGCACAAUCCUUCUCUGUCACUCUGCCUGCCACCCCCUCCUUCUCCUUCCUCCUUCCUUGCUCUCCAUCCCUGCCUCUCUCCGCAUCUCCUCUCGCCCCUUCUUUCCUCCCUGCCACGCAUUUCACAUCACUCUCCCUCAUUCUGGCUUUCCACCCACUCACUGUCUUCUCCCUCUCCCUCUCUCUCCACCUCCGACCAACCCCCCUUUCCCCUCUAUUCCUAUUGGCUUCCCACAGUCCCUGCUCCCCUUUGCUUCUCCGUCCACCCCCACCCUGCGCUCCUGCCCGCAGAACCCCCUCUGUGCCCCUACCCGCCCCCUCCUCCAGGACGUGUCCUGGAGAUGGGGGGGUGACGCACAAGGCACCCGUGGGAAGUCAGGGCCGCAGACCAGAUGGGAGAGGCUCUGUGGGCAGCUGUGGCCGCCGCGGGCCUAGGAGGGGGAUCGGGCCGUAAGCCCUGUAGAAGUGGGCACCGCGUGGGGACCCCAGCUAAGGGUGCUCUGGGAGCUUGGGGACUGGGCAGGGAGGGGGGCAGCAGGAUGAUAACCAGCCUGGCGGCAAGCAGGGGAGCCCUCACCCCAUGGGCAGAAUACUGGGAUCGCACAACAGCAGAGUGUCAGAGCUGGAAGAAAGCAGAUGCAUCAUGUCGGUUGGCCUCCUUGGCUCACGUGCCAGCUUCUCUGAGCUCCCCCUCCACGCCGGGCGCUGUGCUCACGGCACGCUCCCAUUUAAUCUUUACAACAAGCCCGGGAGGCCAGUAGCUGCCCGUUGACCGCCGCCACCCCCCCCCCCCUCCUCGGCCAUGGACACCCCUGGUUUUCCUUCGUCGGCCCCCACCGCCUUGGAGCCUGGGAAUGCCUCCUCGGCCUGGCCCCCGGAUGUCGCCCUGGGGAACGCGUCCGCGGCCCCGAGCGUGGCGGGGCUGGCCGUCAGCGGUGUUCUGAUCCCUCUGGUCUACCUGGUGGUGUGCGUGGUGGGCCUGCUGGGCAACUCGCUGGUCAUCUACGUGGUCCUGCGGCACACGGCCAGCCCAUCGGUCACCAACGUCUACAUCCUCAACCUGGCGCUGGCUGACGAGCUCUUCAUGCUGGGGCUGCCCUUCCUGGCGGCCCAGAACGCCCUGUCCUACUGGCCCUUCGGCUCCCUCAUGUGCCGCCUGGUCAUGGCCGUGGACGCCAUCAACCAGUUCACCAGCAUCUUCUGCCUCACGGUCAUGAGCGUGGAUCGCUACCUCGCGGUGGCCCGUCCCGCCUGCUCCGCCCGCUGGCGCACGGCGCCCGUGGCCCGCACGGUGAGCGUGGCCGUCUGGGUGGCCGCGGCCGUGGUGGUGCUGCCCGUGGUGGUCUUCUCGGGUGUGCCCCACGGCAUGAGCACCUGCCACAUGCAGUGGCCCGAGCCGGCGGCCGCCUGGCGCGCGGGCUUCAUCAUCUACACGGCCGCGCUCGGCUUCUUCGGGCCGCUGCUGGUCAUCUGCCUCUGCUACCUGCUCAUCGUGGUCAAGGUGCGCUCGGCCGGGCGGCGGGUGCGGGCGCCCUCGUGCCAGCGGCGGCGGCGCUCGGAGCGCAGGGUCACGCGCAUGGUGGUGGCCGUCGUGGCGCUCUUCGUCCUCUGCUGGAUGCCCUUCUACGUGCUCAACAUCGUCAACGUGGUGCGCCCGCUGCCCGAGGAGCCCGCCUUCUUCGGCCUCUAUUUCCUGGUGGUGGCGUUGCCCUAUGCCAACAGCUGUGCCAACCCCAUCCUCUACGGCUUCCUCUCCUACCGCUUCAAGCAGGGCUUCCGCAGGGUCCUGCUGCGGCCUUCCCGCCGCGUGCGCAGUCAGGAGCCUUCUGCCGGGCCUCCGGAGAAGACCGGGGAGGACGAGGGGGAGGAGGACGGCGAGGAGGCGGCAGGGGGGCGGGGGCAGGGGAAGGAGAUGAACGGCCGGGUCAGCCUCAUCGCACGGCCUGGCACCGGCGGGCAGGAGCGGCCGCCCAGCGGCACGGCCAGCGAGCAGAGGCAGUUCCUGCCCCGAGAGCCCACAGCCGGGGGCAAGCCGGGCGCACUGCACGCCAGCUGUCUGUAGGGGCCCGCGGGGAGGCCAGCGUGGUCCAAGCACGGGGCCGAAGCUGCGGGGACGCCUCGGGCGGGCCACCCACGGUGCCCAGGGCCCCGUGACGGGCUGUGUGGAGGCCUGGGCUCCCAUCCUGUGGCUGCUGAGACUCGCGGUGUGACCCUCGCGUAGGUCACUUUCCUUCCCCGCGCCUGGUGUUCUCUUCUGUGACUCAGGGAUGGGAGGACUGAGCCUGGCCCGGCUCUGCUGGACGAGAAGUCUGGAGGGGCAUUGCCGCGGGCCGACCUGCCUGAGUGGGGCCCAGAGAGCUGUGCCCCGGCCUUCCCCCUCAAAGACAGAGCAUCCUGGCAGAUGGGCCCGGACCUUGGCCCUCGGAGGGACGGACCGAGGUCUGGAUCGCCCGGGGCUCAGAGUCAGGCUCCCAGGAGAGGGCCUGGGACCCCAAAUAGAAGAAAGUCUUACCCAGUGCAGGGAGGGGUACACACUGCUCAGGCCCCACAUCAGCUCUCCCCCACUCGCUGCAAGGCCUGGGCGGGCUCUUCUCUCUGGGCCUCAGGCCUCCCUUGCUGAACAACCCAGGAACCUCCAGGCCCUCUCGGCCCGGGCGGCCAGCGCUGGGACUCCCGUGCUCCUGGACAGGAGAAUUGUCCGGGAUUUUGCAGGACAGUCAGGCAGUUCAGCUUCAGGGCCCCUUACCGCUUGGGCCCUUCCGAGGCCCUGUAUCUUAUUUUGUACUUGUAAUUUCGUAUUCUUUUUCAUAAAGAGGGACCCCACACUGCAUACAUUUAGGCCACCUAAAGCCUGGCUCAGCUCCCGUUGAGGGCCGCUGACCUAUCCCCAAAGCGGCUCACUCUGCGUCCCGUGGCUGGAGUGGGGGUGUCUCUGGGCGUCUGCGGGCUCCAGGAGCCUCCCCUUAGCAGCUACCCCCUGGCGUUCCUCCCCUCGCGGAGACCAAGGCAGGAUCCGGGCCAGGCAGACUGGCAGGGAAGCGCAGCGUCUUCAACAGGGUGGUGGAGAGAAGGAGGGAGAGGAGGAGAGAGAAGGGAGGGAAGGAGGAGGAGGUGGGUGGAGGACAGAUCUGCUCCGUGACCUUGGAGCGAUCCUUGGCCCCUCUGGGCCGGGCUCAGGUGCAGCGUCCCUGAAGGCAGGCUGUGGAUGCCCGGCCUGAUCAAUCUCAAGAAAACGAUGCAGUGAGGACGGGAAAGCAAAUGGUCUGGAAGGCACAGCGCUGGCUGCCCAGAGGGCCUGUCUGUGCUGGUUAGGAGGGGCCGUGUGUUGAUGGAAGCCCCUCAUUCUCUGGGGCUACAGUUUGAGGAGGCCCAGGGAAGACAAGCCAGCGGGGUCUGGACAGGGACCACAGGGAGGGGCCGCCAUGCAAGGACUCUCUUCCGGAGAUAACCGUUUAGAGCCACAGUGAGGGCGGCCCUGGGGAGGGUGGUACUCAGGCUAAGUCCCUCAAUCCUCCCUCCCCCGCCCCCCCGCGGAGGGCAGGGGGCUCCUCAGGGAAAGUAUGCGAAACCACAAUGUGGGGAGACCUAGGUCUCUAACCCACCUCAGGAUCCUGCCUAGCCUUGACCUCUCUGGGCCUCAGUGUCUCCAGCAUAAAAUGGAGGUUGUCCCGGCUUGCCUACCUGCUCAGAUCUGGGGAAGAAAAUGAGUCAUGCUGGGCAAGCCGCCAAGCACAGCGCGAUGGGUGGGGGUGGGGGUGGGCGUGUCACGUUAUAAAGUGGAAGCGACCCCCAUGCCAUGCCAGGCUUGGCCGACACCUGCUCCUUCCCCCAGCGGCCUCUCUGGCUCUGGCUCUUGGAGGUAAGAAUACUGCGGGGCCCAAGACAGGAGGAAGGCUCCGGAGAGUCAGAGGCCAAAGACAGGCAGGGCUUGGGGAACGCGGCCCCCUCAGGUCACCGAAACAGACUUCGUACGCGUGUUGGCGCUGGAGGCCCGGCCCCCCGUCUGGGAUUCCCCUGAUGAGGAUCUGGGGGUCUGAGGGAAGAAGGGCCCCGGCAUUUCGGCAUCCCCUGGCUGGCCCCGCCUUCCUGAGCCCUGGGACAGGUGCGCCUGUUCUCCAAGGGCAGCUGGAAGGCCCUUUAGGGAAAUCCUGUGCGGCUCCUGCCCCUAGCUCUUGUCAAUAAAGACAGUGACCCCCGACAA